CAGGGGGAGGUGACCAUGGAUAGUGGAACAGAGGCCCAGGAGAUUUCGGACAGAGAUUCUGCCCUUCCCCAGGACAAGAGCAGAAGCCAGCUCCAAAAGGGAAUGACCGCUGGGCUCCUGGUGGCCCCCAACUCCCUGGACUAUUAUGCUUAUGGUUUUCUGAACCAAGCCUGCAUUUAUGGGACACACCCAGUUUGGGGAGAGAUGGGUACUAUGUAAUGUGGAGAAAUAUGGCCGUCAAGGCAUCUGUCAACAAUAAGCUGCGGUGUGCCAGGCAGUAUGUUAAGUGAACACUGGAGAUACCAAGAAAAGUGAAAGUAUGUCCCCACCCUGAAAAAGCCAUUCACAGGGGGAAGACAGCAUGCAGACAACUCAUUACCUUUUAAAGAGAGAGACAAUGUAAAUAAAAUUUUGAUUGGUAUUUCAGUAAAGCUGCUUUUCUUUGUAGUCCUCUGGAUUUUAUGUGUUUAAAGACAUGAUCCUGCCAUCCAUGGGCUCCAUGAAACUAAAGAAGGUAAAGUUUCAGACAUGUGUUGGAGCCAGUUUGUAUUGGCUCAGGAGAGCUUGUUAAAUUGCCAGAAGGGGUAUCAACUCCUUCAGAAAUCAGCUAACACUACAAAUCAAGGAUUGGUUAAUUAUUUUGAUGGUUGUUGAGGCCCAACAUAGGUGAUGGAUAAAAUGUAAAUAGUUAGGAUAUCAAACUUAAAAAUGUAUCCUGGUACCAGAGAGCUGAUUGUUAAACAUUUAUCACUACAUCCCUGGGUAACAAGCCCUGAUGUAAAUAGAAGAUGUUGAGCCAAUGGUCAACAUUGGCUCAUUGGUGGGAGAGAAAAGAAAGGGGAAGGAAUUCAGUGGGAAAGAGACCCAGGGAAACCCUCCUGCCGAAGGUGGGAUUCAAAAUGACUUUUGAAAACAAUCAUUUAUCUUCAACCCCACAUUAAUACAUACUCUGUUUGUGUACACAUAUUCAAUUAAGAGCAUUUAUUUUUCUCUCCUUAUCUUGGACAAAAGAAAAUCAAACUCUUGGUCAGGAGAAUAUCCCCACCAGCUGCUGGCCUCCUCCUGCUUCCUAGGCAGUCCUCUGCCUGGUGAUAAUUGUUGUGUGGACAGAUUAUCACCCACCACUCCUUCCUUCUCCAGGCACUGGGUUCCCAGCAGUCUUCCCAAGAUUCCUGCUUUCACAUUGCUUAGGACCUGGUGGCAUCACAAGAUUCCUUUACAUGUUUGUAUAAUGACUCACUCAGCCAUUUUACUUUUGGGGACCCCUUUGCUUCUAGUUCCUUGCCACCUUGAAAAAGAACCACUAUCAUUCUUCCCAGAAAGCCUUUCUGUAUUUCUGGGUUAAAGAUCCAUAUAGUCCAGGGUCAUGACAUUGGGGUUCCUGGUCCCAGUGACUUCUCAAAGGGUUACUAAAAAUAGCCCCUCCAGCAUUCAUUACCCAUUUUGGUCAUCUGCCAAUUGAAUUGACAGUAAGUAGCCCCUCAAAGUUGCUUUAAUUUGCAUUUCUCUAAUUAUUAGUGACUUGUAGCAUUUUUUAUAUGGUUGUUGGUAGCUUUUUUUCUUCCUUUGAAAACUAUUCCUAUACUUUGAUCAUUUAUUGUUUGGGGAAUUUGAGGAAACCAGGAGUCAGAAAUGGGAAGGGAAGGCUGCAUUAUAAGUAUGAGGAACAGCCAAUGCAAAAACCCAGAAUUAGGAGUUGAGGAAUAGCAAGUUUGGUAGUGAAGCUAGACCAUAGAGGGCAUGGUGGGAGUGUGGCCCCAAAUGAAGAAAACUGGGAAGGUGAGAAAGAGAAUAUUUUAUAUUUUAUCCUGUAAAUAACAAUGAGCCAUUGGAGUUAUUGAGAAAGGGGUUUGGCAUGGGCAGAUUCACAGAUUAGGGAAAUCACUUUGAAGGCUAAGUAGAGGUCAGAUUUCCUGUGGAGAGAUUCAAGGAAAGGGUACCACCCAAAACACUCUUACAAACAUCUAGGCAUAAGAUGAUGAGAGUUUGUACCAAGGGGGCAGUGGUGUGAAUGGAGAGCAAGAGUCUGGUACUGAAGAUGGCGUGAAUUUUUAAGGUAUGUGAACCUUAAAAAUUCUCAGACCCUACUUCAUAAGGUUGGGUUAAGACCAUUCCCCAUUUGGGCAGUGAAGGUACUUAGAUCAGGAAUGUGAGAACUCUACUUAGAUCAGGAAUGUGAGAACUCUACUUCACCAUACUUAAGCAUGCCUUAGGGGAAGAUAAAGUUGUAAACUCUUUGCUGAACAAUGAAAAGUACUUAAACCCAUACUUAUAGUAAGAUAAAAAGUUCUUAAGCUAUGCCUAUUUUUGGAUAUAAUACAAAAGGGUGCUAAGUACCUAUAAAGGUCAGGCAAAGGAGCAAAGAGGUGAGAACUUACUCAGAGAUUCUAGUCUACUCAGGUGUGAAUUACUCAAAAGAUUAGUCUUCUUAGGUGUGAGCUAAGAAUGGUCUGUCCUUUGAAAAACAUCUACUGUGAUUGGUAGAUGUGAGAACUUAGGGGAGGUGACAGGAGAAAAUUCCCUUUAUAAGGAGAUGAGAAUCUGAGAGCGAAAAAAGAGAACAGUCUCUUGAGACAGUCUCUUGAAGACAGUCUGAGGGAGGCUGACUCUGGCUGGAACUCCCUCUGAGGAGACCGUUCCUCUGAAUCCUUGCUUGGACAAAUCUUGAGGUGAGUGAUUAAGGACUGAUUGAUCUUUCUCUUAAGGCUUAGGCCUGGGUUGGCCAGGGCUGCCCUGGGCCGGCCUAUCCUUUUCUCAUUAUUUCCUUUUUUCUCUCUCUCUCUCUUAAUUCUUCAUUUGUAUUAAUUAAAAUCUCUAUAAAACCCAGCUGACUUGGGUUUAUUGAAUAAUUGGGAAUUUUUCCCUGGUGACCACCUUAUAUAUUGAUUUAAAAACAAGACACUGUAGUGAAAACAUAUUUUCUGCGGUCACAAUUUAUAUCUUUCACUAUUUUAAUCACUACAGUUUAUGACAUCAACUAUUUUAACUCCUACAGGUAGGAAUAACAAAAUGGCAAUGAAAUAAAUAUGUGAGGCAACCCUGACGUUCCAAGAUGUGGCUGUGGCCUUCAGCCAGGAGGAGUGGAGAUGCCUGGAUCCAGUUCAGAAGAGCCUGUACCGGGAGGUGAUGCUGGAGAAUUAUCGGCACCUGGUCUUUCUGGGGCUUCCAGUUUCCAAACCAGAACUGAUUUCUCAGCUGGAGUGUGGGGAAGGCCCGUGGAUGCUGCUGGAGGAAGAGCUGAGAAGCCGCUGUCCAGACCAGAAUAAUAGUCCAGAUACCAAGACGACAAUUUUAAAGCAGGUCAUUUUUGUUGAAAAAUCAUCCCAGGGAAGACUCUCAAGAGAUCAUCCCAAGGACUUUAAGUUCAGAAAAAUUGGCGGCUAUGGCCAGAGAUUUAACAGGCAUCCGAGCAAGCAGAAGAGAAACUUAAGGCAAAGAAAGAAAAUUUCUAGUAAGUCAAGAGAGCGUGAAUGUAUAUUUAGCAAAAAUUUCUUUCAAAGACCAGUCCUUGAAAUACAAAGAAAUGUUCCUUCAGAAAAGAGUCUCCAUAAAUAUGAUACACCCAGAAAUAGUUUUAAAUUGUCUUCAGACCUAAAUAGUUAUAAUGGAAUCUCCUCAGGAAAGAAACCUCAUAUGACUAACACUUGCAACAAGGCCUUUAGUUACCAUUCAGACCUUAUCCGAUAUCACAGGGUAACCACCAGAGAUAAACCCUAUGCAUUUGAUGAAUUUGGCAAAGCCAUCCAGCAGAGGCGACACCUUACUCGACAUCACAGAAUUCGACCUGGAGAUAAACCAUAUACAUGUACAGAGUGUGGGAAAACCUUCAGUCGGAUUCCCUACCUUAUGUUACAUCAGAGAAUUCAUACUGGAGAGAAGCCCUAUAAAUGCAAUGUAUGUGAAAAAGCCUUUUGCCAAAGAGGACAUCUCACUGAACAUCAGAGAAUUCAUACUGGAGAGAAGCCCUAUAAAUGUAAUGUUUGUGAAAAAGCAUUCACUCAGAGUGGACAUCUUACUGAACAUCAAAAAAUUCAUAAUGGAGAGAAGCCCUAUAAAUGUAGUGAAUGUGGAAAAACCUUUAGCAAUAAGUCAUCCCUUAUUCUACAUCGUCGAUUUCAUACUGGAGAGAAACCGUAUAAAUGUUAUGAAUGUGGAAAAGGCUUCACCAAUAGCUCAGUCCUGAUUGUACACCAGAGAAUUCACACUGGAACCAAACCGUAUAAAUGUCAUUACUGUGGAAAGGCCUUCCUUCAGUAUAUAGGGCUUGUGGUACAUCAGAGAAUUCAUACUGGAGAGAAACCUUACAAAUGCCAUGUAUGUGAAAAAGCCUUCAGCCAGAGUGGACAUCUUAGUGAACAUCAGAAAAGUCACAAUGGAGAAAAACCCUAUGAAUGUAAUGAGUGUGGGAGAGCCUUUAGUAAUACCUCAUCCCUUAUUCUGCAUCACAGAAUUCAUACUGGAGAAAAACCCUAUAAAUGUAAUGACUGUGGCAAAGCCUUUAGCAACAGCUCAGUUCUUACUGUACAUCAAAGAAUUCACACAGGAUCAAAACCUUAUAAAUGUCUUGAAUGUGGAAAGGCCUUCCUCCAGUGUAUAGGUCUUAUUGUACAUCGGAGAACUCAUACUGGAGAAAAGCCUUAUAAGUGUAACGUAUGUAAAAAAGCAUUUAGUCAGAGGGGACACCUUACUCAACAUCUAAAAAUUCAUAAUGGAGAGAAGCCUUACAAAUGUAGUGAAUGUGGAAAAGCUUUCACCCAGAGGGGACACCUUACUGAACAUCGGAGAACUCAUAGUGGGGAGAAACCAUAUACAUGUAAUGAAUGUGGUAAAGCUUUUAGCAAUCACUCACACCUCACUCUCCAUCACAGAAUUCAUACUGGAGAGAAGCCCUAUAAAUGUAGUGAGUGUGGAAAGGCUUUCAGUCAAAGGGGUCACCUCACUGAACACCAAAGAAUUCAUACUGGGGAGAAGCCUUACAAAUGUAAUGAAUGUAGCAAAGCUUUCAGCAGUCGUUCACGACUUACACUACAUCAUAGAAUUCAUACUACAGAUAAACCCCGUAAACACCAUGAACGUCGAAAAACUCAUGUUGUGGACCUUCCUCAGUGUCAGAGGAUUAAAAUGGGGGGGAAAUGUUAUAAAUGUACUGAAUGUAGUAAAGCUUUCCAAAGCAGCUCUUCCCUAACUCUUCAUCAAAGGAUUCAUAGUGGAGAAAAGCCUUAUGAAUGUAGCGAAUGUGGAAAAGCUUUUAGCCGGAGAAUAUACCUUACUAAACACCAGAGACUUCAUAAUGGGGUAAACACUUAUAAAUGCAGUUCAUGUGAGAGUAAAAGUACUCCGUGUACAUGUCUUAUUCAACAUGAGACAAUUCAUCCUAGAGAGACACCUUCCACUUCUGGCGAUUAUUCAGAAACUUUCAGCAGUAAGGCAUCUCUUACUUUACAUCACAAAAGUCAUAGCAGAAAGAAAUCCUAUGAAUGUUAUGAAUGUAGGAAGCCUUUCAGCAGUCAUGCAGGCCUUAUUGUACAUCUCAGAAUCCAUACUGGAGAGAAACCAUACAAAUGUAACACAUGUGAAAAAGCCUUCAGCCAGAGAGGACAUCUUACUGAACAUCAAAAAAUUCAUAAUGGAGAGAAACCUUAUAAAUGUAGUGAAUGUGGAAAAGCUUUUAGCCGGAGAAUGUACCUUACUCAGCAUCACAGAAUUCAUACUGGAGUUAAACCUUAUAAGUGUAACAUAUGUGAUAAGGCUUUCACCCAGUCUUCAGGCCUCACUCAACAUCAGAUAAUUCAUUCUAGAGAGAAACUUUACAAAUGUAGUGAAUGUGAAAAAGCCUUCAGUAACAGCUCAUCACUUAAUUUGCAUCAGCAAAUGCAUGUAGAAGAGAAACCCUAUAAAUGUAAUGAGUGUGGAAAAUCUUUUAGUGAUCAGCCAUCUCUUAAUCUACAUUGGAGAACUCAUACUGAAGAAAAGCCCUAUAUAUGUAUUGAAUGUGGAAAAAUCUUUAGCAACAGUUCAUCCCUGGAUCUACAUCAGAAAAUUCAUAAUGCAGACAAACCAUAUAAAUGUAACGAAUGUGGAAAAGCCUUUAGUCAGCAGGGAGGUCUUGCUCAGCAUCAAAAAAUUCAUAAUGGAGAGAAACCGUAUAAGUGUAAUGAAUGUGGAAAAGCUUUCAUUUAUAGUAUGCAACUUACUCGACACAUGAGAACUCAUACUGGGGAGAAACCCUAUAAAUGUAGUGAAUGUUCAAAAGCUUUCAGUGAAAGCUCAUCCCUUAUUGUACAUCAGAGAAUUCAUUCUGGAGAAAAGCCAUAUAGAUGUAAUGGAUGUGGGAAAGUCUUCAGUGCACAGGGAAGCCUUACAAAUCAUCAGAGAAUUCAUACUGGAGAGAAACCUUAUAACUGCAGUGAAUGUGGAAAAUCUUUCAGCUCCAGCUCAUCCCUUGCGAGACAUAAAAGAACUCAUACUGGGGAGAAGCCCCAUAGAUGUCUUGAAUGUGGAAAAGCCUUCACUCACAGGUCAUCCUUUACUGUACAUCAGAGAAUUCAUACUGGAGAGAAACCCUACAAAUGUAGUGAGUGUGGAAAGGCUUUCAAUGAGGGAAGAGGGCUUCUUCAACAUCAGAGAAUUCAUACUGAAAAGAAACUCUAGAAGUUUAGUGCUUAUGGAAUAGAUAACCCUCUUCUAAUGAGGAAACUAUUUAGCAUCAGAAAAGUCAUGCUCAACAGAAAUAUAAAUAAUAUGCAUGUGGAAAGGCCUUGCAGUUUAGUCCAGACAUCAGAGGCUUCACAAAAGAGACAAACUCCUGGUAUUAGUGCCAGGAAAGCUUAAGAUUAAUUACUUAUAUAUUUGGGAAUCAGGAUAAUAGUUUUUCAUUUGGGAAUUGAGAGAGAGAGAAAGAAAAAAGAUUUUCCCUCUACAGCACACCUUAGGGCAUUCCACUUGUAUAAGUAAGUAAGAGGUCCACAGGUGUAAGACCUAGCAGCUCUUUGGCUCUGAGCUUUCUAGGACAGAAAAAAAAAAGAAUGUUAAAGCAUUUUAGGGAGGGAACAGAGGAAAUAGAAAAAAAAUGCAGAUAACCAGAAUUUCUACUGAGAUGUAUUUAUAAGCAGCAACAUAGAUUGUGAGCAGGCACUUCACAUAGUUUUCAUUGAUGUACAUCUGACAAUCCCUGUGAAACCUGAUAGAUCACUUAUUGUUGAGGUUUUAAAGAAGAUUGGAGGUGUAUGUGAAUGUGGAUCUUAUAUUUUCAGAAUAUGUAAAAGGAAGGUAUUUGGAAGUUGUUCCAGAAGCCAAGAAGAUGGCUCACUCAAGGGGAACUUCAUGGAAAUGUGGGAUCUGGCAGAUAUUUAACAGUGAUUGUGGGAAGAAAAAAACAGAAACAAUCAUUCUGCAUUCUCCAUCUCAAAGUUUUUGGUGUCCUUAUGCUACCCACAGCCCCCCCAGAGAAUCUCCCCACAUACCUUUAAUUUACAUCUUGAUCUCCCCAUCUCAUUUCUUUACAAAAUCUUAAACUUCCUUGGCAUAGUUAAUUUGCAUUUCUAAUUAAGGUAGCUGUGAGACUGAGACACCCCUCAAAUCUCUAGGCAUUGAGUGGAUUGGGUUGAAGGAAUCUGUCAUUGGUGAUGUCCUCCAAUUUCAGGUUUUCAAGGGAGAUCUUUUAAAAGUUAAAGGUCUCAAAUCAUAGAAACAUCUACAUAGAAGGCCAGCCAAAGACUGAGCAACAGUGAAGUAGGAUAGUGUGCAUUCCUCAGUGUCCUGCCUAGGACACUGCCUAUGACAGCCAGAAAGAGGAGAAUUGUUAGGAGUGUGACAAACAAAAGAGCUGGGCAAAGGGCAGUUUAGAAAGGUAGUGUCUGAUUUUCAUUAGUUUUAUGAAUGUUUUUUGUUUUCCCCUUUCAGUUAUUUCCAAACCCCAAUUGAACCCUUCUUAUAACAGAAAAACAUGAAGCUAAUGUUAGAGCAAACAGUAUGUUUUAUAUAUAUAUAUAUAUAUAUAUAUAUAAACAUAACAUUCCGUGCGUCUAGUUCCCUAGAUUCCUACUGAAAGGGGAGAGAUUGGUUUGGAUUUUUUCAGAGUUGAUCCUUUUAGGACUUAAAAAAAAUUUAUAUUACUAUUGCCACUUUUAUUCUCCUGAUUCUAUUUUCUUUACCCUCAGCCCACUCAUAACAUUAUUCUCAUGUUUCUGAAUUCCAUAUAUUUUUGGUUUCUUAGGGCACAAUACUACUCGCUUGCAUCAAUAUACCACAGUGUGUUUAGCUCUUCCCCAACCACGCACCCCCUCUUGUUUUCUUUCUUUUGCUACCACAAAGUGUUGCUCUGAAUAUGUUUGCAUCUAUGGGACCUUCUGCCUGGGACCUCCUUAGGGCCUUUGCCCAGCAUUGGGUUGCUAGAUCAAAGGGUGUGUACCACCUUUAGUAACUUUGCUUGGAGAAUUCCAAAUUGUCUUCCAGAAAAUUAGACCAAUUUAUAGCACUACCAAUAUACACUGGCUUCCUUUUUUCCCCCCCAGAUCCUGGCAUAUGCCUAAUUGUAAAUAGAACACAAAUAGAAGUUUACAAGGGAAAUACUGCAAAUAUUAUCAUCCCCAUUUUGCAGGUAAGGAAACGGACUCCUUCAGAGAGGUGGAGGGAUCUAUUCAGGCCAGAGAAAGGACUGGGACUUGAUCCCAGGUCUGGCAUAAGGCCUGUUCAGAUAUAGCUGCAGGCACAGAAUACUUGUAUGGACUACCAUAAAAUGGAUGUCACCUCUGCAGGUCCACCUGGGUGGUAGUUUGAAGAAGGAUCCAGCUGCCCAAUUCUCACCUAUCUUCUGCAGAUUUAUAGUAUGUAUGCCUCAGCACAAGUAGGUGGUACAAUGGAUAGAGGCCAUCCCUGGAGACAGAAAGACCCAAAUUCAAAUCCAUUCUCAAACUCUUAGGAGCUAUAUAAUCCCAAACAAGUUACUUAAUUUCCACCUGCCUGUUUGCUCAACUAUAAUAGAUAACAGCACCUUCCUCCUAGGGUUGUUGUGAGGAUCAAAUGAGAGGACAUUUGUAAAGUGCUAGACACAGUGCCUGGCACAGAGUAAGGGGCUAUGGGAAUACUUAUUCCCUUUCUUUCUCCUCUGCCUUCCAAUGGAGAGAGAUAGUACGUGGGGUGGUCAAUAUCUGGAGAUACUUUGUCCUAGACCCAUAGAAAUCCUCAAAUAUUUGAAGCUAGCCCCUUGGCCUGCAGAGCAGAGGAAAGAUGAUGGCAAAGAAUUAUAUAAAGAACCACAGAGGCCAUCUGGUCCAAGCCUUCCUUUUACAGACAAGAACAUUUAAAGCUAAAAGUCAAGUCACAUGGCUUAAACAGUAGAGCCUCUGACUCCAAGGUGGACCUCUUUCCAUGAUACCUAUCUGAAUACAACACUGAGAAGUAGGCAGAGUAGCUGAAGGGGCUCAGAAACUAUUUCCUAGGGAUGUGGGAAGAUAGCACCCAUUGACAGAAAAGGCGUGGAUUCAUUCUCUACUUAUGGCAAGGAAAAAUGGGAUUUAUGCAUCUUGCAGAUCCAUACAGAAAGGACCUGUUCUCAUGUGUAUUAACCACAGUUUGGUCAUACCUGUAUCACACUGAGCUACCCUAGGUACCUCCCUUCCCUGGCAUUCAAGUGGAAUUGUUAACAUACUGCCUCAAUUGUACUUUUCUCUUGUUGCCUCCACCCCUAGACAUCUCAAUCUCCAUUGUGUAAGUUAAAAUGUGCUGUAAUAAAUGACCUUUUGCUUUAA